AUGCUGCAACGGACGUGCCUGCGAUCGCGCUUGCUACGACCCGCUGGGUUUCGUACUGUGCGGUUCAAAUCGUCGGCGCCACAGCCGCUGAUUCGCAUCGAAAACGGGACGUUUUACAAGCAAUAUCCGACUGAAGACAACGCUGCAACAAACCACCCCUUAUACCCCAAUCUCAAUUUCAAUCUACCCGCUGGUGCAAUCCUCUCCUCAAACGAUAAGAAGCCAUCUCUUCAGCAUUGGGCAGUGGUUGGGCCCUCCGGGCGAACAGAUCUGCUCGACAUUCUCCGCGGCAAGCACAUCGCGAUACCGCCAACCGCACGAUCAUAUCCUUACUUGCUUUCUGACGAGAUCGCUGCCAAAGAUCCUCGACUGCGCAUAGUUGGGAAUGCGAUUCAGUACAUUGGAUUCAGCGGAGAGGGUUCAGGUGCGAUUGGGGGAACGCGCGGCGCAUACCUGAGUGCUCGAUUUGAACCCCCCGAAGGAGAAGAACAUGGUACAUUGAAGGAUGAACAGUUGCUGCAAGAAGUACUUGCAGAGUUGCACCUGGAAAACUUGCUUUCGAUGCCAGUUGCCAAUCUCAGUAACGGACAAACGCGACGGGCACGCAUUGCCAGAGCUCUGCUCGAGAAGCCAGAACUUUUGCUUCUCGAUGAGCCUUUCAUGGGAUUGGACCCUGCCACAACCCGCAGCAUCUCAAGCCUGCUCCAUCGGCUGGCGGAAAAACAAUCACCUCGCUUGGUGCUAGCACUUCGACCGCAGGACCAUGUGCCGGACUGGAUUUCUCACAUUGUGUUAGUUGGCAAGAGACAGCGGAUCCUGCAGCAAGGGCCCAAAUCGGAUAUCGUGGCCACUCUCAAAGCAUGGCAGAAAAUGCCCGUGAAGGGCCACAGAACACCCAAGGAUGCGGAGAAAAGAGACAAGCUCUUCGAAUUUCGGGCACAUUUUGAGUCCGGCAACCUCGAUGAGCAGCUGCUCUAUGACUUCACGUUAGAUCAGUCUCGCAAGGCUUCCAGUCAAGGCCCGGCAUCAGCGGGCGGAGAAGCUCUCAUCGAAAUGGAUGGGGUUCGUGUCCGGUACGGUGACAAGGUCGUCCUUGGUGACUGGCAGCAGAAAAUUCAUAAUGAAACCUGCCCAGGCCUGCACUGGCGGUUACGCCGAGGCCAAAGAUGGGCCAUUCUCGGGGCUAAUGGUUCAGGAAAGACCACCCUGCUCUCCUUGAUCACCUCGGAUCACCCUCAGACUUACUCCCAGCCGAUAAAGAUGUUUGGCCGAUCUCGUCUUCCUGAAGCGGGUCAGCCCGGCAUAUCAAUCUUCGAGUUGCAAGCCCGACUCGGCCAUUCAUCACCCGAGAUUCAAGCAUUCUUCCCACGCCAGUUGACUGUACGUGAGGCUCUCGAGUCGGCGUUUGCCGAGACGUUUCUCUCGAAGCCCAAGCUAGACUAUGAGAAAGAUCUGGACGUAAGCGCAGCCCUCCGGGCCUUUAAGGAAGAGCUCGAUCCCAACGCAGCCUUCGAGGAAGCGGCACCCGUGGUUGUGGACAAUUCAUUACUGCCCAGACUUGAGCCGGAAGGCAGUCGAAGGCUGAGAAAACCCACCUCGGACUUUUACAAUCCUCUCGAAUACCAAGUGGACUACGCCGAUAACAUCACCUUCGGCCAGCUGACCGUCGCACAGCAGCGAAUCGUGCUAUUUCUGCGUGCACUCAUUCACAAAGCGGACAUUGUCAUCCUCGAUGAACCCUUUUCAGGCCUCACGGCGUCUCAGAGAGACAAGUGUCUGCACUUCCUUGAAAAGGGUGAAACAGGGCUAGGUCAUCCAAUGCCGCGCGGCAUUCCCACGCGUCUCCACGGCCUGUCAGAAGAGCAGGCACUGGUCCUGAUCAGUCAUGUGAAAGAGGAGAUUCCCGAUAGCGUCCGAUACUUCAUGCGUUUACCCUCUGAAUCAAUCACGGGGCCAGAGUCGGGCGAUUUCCGCACAGGAAUGCUAAAGGAAAGUAGCGUGUUGAGCGACCCUAAGAUCUGGGAUCUGGUUUGGUCUCCUGCGGGCGAGUUCCCAGCGGAAAGUGACAAGUCGAGUGUGCUUGGGGGAACAAGACCCGCUGAUCACGAUGACUUUGAAAGGUUCAGAUACUGUACGAUAUAA